AUGGAAACUCUUGUGGCUGGCGAGAGGGAGGCGCCUGCUCAGAUACCAGGCAGCCAGGAGGUCACUGGGCCUGUGGGCAGGCCAAGAUGGGUCUCUCCUGCUGCACGGUGCUGCCCGGUGUAUGAUGUGGGUUCUCCCUCUUCCCUAGCUGGUCUGAGAGUUUCUCAGGAGCCCAAGUCCCUCAACGCAACAGUCGGGGAGAAUGUGACCCUGAGCUGCACCUUCCAGAACAGAAAUGGCAGCAGAACCAAGGUGCUUUGGUUCAGGGGCUCUGGAGAAGACGUGGUGCUGGACGCUAAGCACCCCUUCUACAAGGGGCGGCUCCAUGUGUCCCGGCUGGAUGAGAUCAGUAAGGGGAACGCGACAGUGACCCUGUGUAAACUGGACAAGAGAGACUCUGGCCUCUAUCAGUGCUGCAUCGAAAUCCAGAAUGAGAUGACAGGGGUGGGAGAAGGCACAGAUCUAAGAGUGAUGAGGAGAAACCAGAGUGUGACUGAGGACAGAAAGGAAUCGAAGCAGGACACCAGCACCGAACUCACCAUCUACAGAGCCACGAUUGCUCUGGCAGGCGUCAGCAUCAUCAUCUUAGUUACCACCCUCCUGCUGCGCAGACGCACAGGUAUUUACUCCUCCUUCCACGCUCACUCCACCUGCCCGUUCUUCCAGUGUUCAAAAUGUACUUCUCUUCCGUCCUACUGGUGCAAGGGGGAACGGGACCCUCCGAUCUACAUUCUCCAGUCCUCUGUUCAUUCCUACACCUCCAUUCAUCUCUUCCAACAAUAACCCAUGUCUCCUUCUUUCCUCCCCAGCAGCCUCCCCAGACACCCAACAGCAGCAGCCGGCAAAGGUGAGACCAUUAAAAUUGGAGCCUGAGUUUAACUGGGUGGCAUUGUCUGUUUCAAGACAGUGUUGACGCAUGGUCCGUGUGACUGUGGUAAAAACCUGACCAGUGGAACACGGGAGAGGGUUAGGGGUGCUUUAGCCGUUAAAUAUUACAAUAACGGAAGCUGCAAAAGUACCAGAUUAUCUAUCAUCUAGACCAGUGGUUUUCAGCACCGAGGGCUUCAGUGAGUGUAUUGAUUCAUCUAGAUAUUUGCAUAGGUUUACAACAGGCUACAUGAAAAAUACCA